AAAUCUGCGUCUAGGUUCACACAUUCAGGCAGUGGUAGCUCAGAUGAUAGUGCAUCCAUCGUGCCAGGUCCCAGUAAUAGUGCAAUCAAGGAAAGGAAUGGCUCUGAGCUCUCCACCUCGACAGCCUUCGCAAGAAAGCAGGGUGCCCGGACCUUCUCGCCUCCUACAGCCGGUCUUCCAACUUUCCGCCAGGUUGUUCCCGGAAUGUUGGGUGCCAAGUAUGCUCCGAAGGUUUUGCCAGAACCUGCUGUACCACAGGCAUCUACUGGAACUACUCCACAGAAACCGAACGGACCGAUCAGAAUACGAAAAGUAGUGGAUGGCAUGUUUGCAAAGCGACACGAUAAAGCUCCCGAGCCUUUGACAAAGGGAAGCCAGAACAUUGAGGCUGGCGCGAGUCAUAGUUCUCUUGGAGCACGAAGUGGUGCGAAAUCAUCUAAUCUAGAUGCAUUUGCGCUCUCCACGGUGGUUACUAAUAAAUCACCGACACCGCCCUCCUCGCCUGUUCCACAUGACAAAACAUUGUCUCGAGAUCGUGCUGGUAUUGAUGCUCGCGAGAUAAGAGAUGCAACUGCAUCCCCUCAAAGCGAGGCAGAACCAUCAAGUAAAGUUCGCAGAACGUCACGGAAGCGCAAGCCCACAUUACCUUCUUCUGAUGUUUUCGGAACCGUUGUCACGCGACCUUUGCAACCUCGCAAAAGGGCGCCUACAUCGACACGUUCUGACAGCGAUGGCUUUCAGGGAAUGAGUGCAGUGGCUUUGAAAGCAUUGACGUCUUCUAACACAACAAAGAACCAGCACUUUUCCGUGAAACUGGAAACUAAGGUCGUACGUAAGGAAGGCAUCAGACCAGAGAGCCCAACGAUGAAAGCCCGGACAAUUCUGCAGAAACAGCGAGAAGAGAAGGACAAACAGAGAAAAGAUAGAGCUGCAAGGAGGGCAAGGAGAAGUGAGGAUGGACCUGAGCUUGGUGACGCGGACGCGGUGACUGAGUCUGGUGAUCGUUCUGCCAUGGAAAGCGAUGAUGACGAGAAUAGUGACCGCGCACGUUUAGGGAAGCAUCGUCGAGGACCAGGCGACGAAGAAGACUAUGAAACACCAGAGAGAAUAUCACGGCCUGUCAAACGGUUGAAGUGCGUUGACGGUGAGGGGCAGGUGGAAGUACAGAAGAAACAAGUCAAGUGGGACCGUGGGCUUUCGACGACGAUCUAUCUCGAUGAGCUACAUCCUAAACCCAAAACACCCUCGAUGAAUCGUUCCACCAGGAAAGGCUGCUUGACUCCGGCUGUCAAAGCCCUCCGUCUGGAUACCCUUGGUAAUAUCAUGAAUGCUAAUACCCCUCUCACAGAUCUUGUUCAUGAGAAUAUUACCGUGACGAAAUUUGUAUACGACAAUGAUCAGGAAGCUCAACCUGAGGUGGACACCAUUCCUGUGAAAAUUACGAGAUCAAAAAGCAAAAAAGCGAAGAGUUGAAAUUAAUUACUAUCGCUCUGAUCGUAAUAUGUGGUGUACUGUACUCCUACUCCUGUACUGUAUCUCUAUUAAUCGUGCUGUCUCUUGCAAUAUCCUUCACUGAACUAUUCUUGGGUCACAGCAAUAAAUUUACAAAUGCAAUG